GCAGGCUAAGUUAUAUUUUGAAUGACCAUGCACUGUGUUAUCCAAGCAUUAUGUUAUCCAUAUCUGCACAAAACAUAUUGGUCAAAAAAGCUUGUUUAAAUACGUCAAAACAUGUUGCUACUAUAAUUACAUUCAAGACACCGAUUGAAUUAUUGUGAAAUAUAAUGGAGGAACAGGUCAUCAAAAAAAUUGAGGAUAACAGAAGGAUACAUACUUAUCCACUGUUAAAACAUAGUGAUAUGAAUGAAGAUAUGCAAACUGAAGUAAUGGAAUUGUGUGUAACUGCAUGCGAAAAAUUUUCAACUGAUAACGAAGCAGCUUCACGUUUUGUAAAAGAGUCAAUGGACAAAAAGUUUGGUGCAGCUUGGCAUGUGGCCAUUGGAGAAGGUUUCGGUUUUGAAAUUACAUAUGAUAUCAAAAACAUCCUGUACAUGCUCUGUGGAGGGAAUUUAGGCAUAAUUGUUUGGAAGUGUUGCUGA